AUGUGGCUGCUUUGUCUAGUCCUAUGCUCCAUCAGCUCCAUCACUGCUUUCCUGCAGCAGCCUUCAAUGCCAGUAGUGGACACUGAAUACGGGAAAGUCCAAGGCAAACAAGUAACAGUGAAAGGAUUUGACACACCUGUCAAUGUUUUCUUGGGUGUUCCUUUUGCCAAACCUCCUCUUGGACCCCUGAGAUUUCGACCACCCCAGCCUCCUGAGCCCUGGCACUAUGUGAAGGACGCUACUAUGUUCCCACCUGGGUGUCCCCAGAAACUCAAGAUGGAAGAGCUCUUUCCUGACACUUUCUCCUUUUGGAAUGAAAGCAGAUUUCCUUUUAAGAGCAAGCCAUAUUCUGAAGAUUGUUUGUACCUAGAUAUUUUCACCUCAGCUAACCUGACAAAGAAAUCCAACUUACCGGUGAUGGUGUAUAUCCAUGGAGGGGGGCAGUUGGUAGGUUCAACUUCAUUCUAUAGUGGAUUGGCACUCUCGACCUUUGGGAAUGUGGUGGUGGUGACCAUUCAGUACCGCUUGGGAAUCUUUGGGUUCUUCAGCACUGGUGAUGAGCAUGCUUUGGGGAACUGGGGUUGCUUAGACCAAGUGGCAGCACUCCAUUGGAUCCAGAAGAAUAUUGCCAAUUUUGGAGGAGACCCGAGCUCUGUGACCAUCUUUGGUGAAGAUUCAGGAGGUUUUAGUGUUUCAGCACUGGUUCUGUCUCCUUUGACCAAGAAUCUCUUCCACCGAGCCAUUAUGCAGAGUGGAGUUGUCCUUCAAAAAGCUCUGUUCAGUUACAAUGUCAAACCAAUUACUGAGACAAUUGCAGUUAUUGCUGGAUGUAAAACAACCACGUCAGCCGUCCUGGUUCAGUGUAUGAGGCAGAAGACAGAGGAUGAGAUCCUAAAAAUAAAUGUGAACAUGAAUUUAUACCAGGUGGAUUUCAGAGGAGAUCCUAUAGAGAAAUAUGUGUUCCUGCCUACAGUUGUGGAUGGAGUAUUUUUCCCUAAAAGUCCUAAAGAGCUCCUGGAUGAAAAGCAAUUUGGUGGUAUUUCCCUUAUGAUGGGAAUCACCAAUGAUGAAUUUGGCUGGCUUUUUCCAACUGUGAUGGGAUAUCCUCUGUCAGAGGAUGGAUUAGACCAAGAGACAGCAACAGAACUACUAUGGGACUCCUAUCCACUUGUUGAAAUCCCCAAAAACCUUACUCCUGUGGUAACUCAGGAGUAUCUUGGAGUGACAGAUGAUCCUGUCAAAAAGAAAAGACUUUUUCUGGACAUGCUAGGAGACUUGACAUCUGGAAUCCCAGCUGUGAUUUUGGCUCGGCAUUACAGGAAUUCAGGUGCACCCACGUACCUGUAUGAAUUUCAGCAUCGGCCAAGUGUUUGGGGAAAUGUGAAACCAGAUACUGUCCAGGCAGACCAUGGGGAUGAUCUCUUCUUUGUGUUUGGGUCCCCAUUUUUAAGAGAUGGUUUCUCAGAAGAGGAGAAGCAACUUAGUAGCAGAAUGAUGAAAUAUUGGAGCAACUUUGCUUGGAACGGAAACCCCAACGGUGAAGGGCUGUUGAAGUGGCCUCAGUACGAUCAGAAUGAAGAGUACCUACAAAUUAACAUCACCUCCAAAAUCAGCAAGAAGCUGAAGGACAAGGAAGUAGCAUUUUUCACUGAACUCUUUGCAAAUGAACCAGAUGGAGAGUACAGAGAUCAUAUUUAG